AGAAGAACAGAGAGGAGAGAGAUUGAGAGAAUCAGCAGUGAUGAAGAAGCUCUACAGGAAAGGAAAAAUUCAUCCAUCGCCUCCCAUCGUUUCUGAUCAUCUGGCGUUUUUACCUGCAACUCUUUUGACGCUUACGGUGGCGCUUUCUCCUGAAGAAAGAGAGGUGUUGGCUUAUCUCAUCUCUUGUACCGGAAACUCGUCGGACGGUAGAAAGAACGGUCAGAACCAGAAGGUUUUUGUUGCUAGUGGUAGCGGUGGUGACCAUCCUGCUUCGUUUAACUGCAACUGUUUCAGGUGUUAUAUGAGUUUCUGGGUUCGAUGGGAUUCUUCACCUAACCGUCAACUCAUUCACGAGAUCCUUGAUGGCUUCGAAGAUCGGUUGCUGCAACAGAGAGUUAACCCUAAGAACAAAAGAGAGAGAAAGAAAAGAGGUGGUCACGGUUGUAACAACGAUGUGAAGCAUUUUGGGGAAAGUUCGGUUGCCCGGCAUGAGAUGGUUGAGUUGGAAGCGGUGGAGGGUGAGACUGGCGGUGGUGGUGGUGGUGGUGAGGGUGAGACUUGUGGUGGUGGUGGUGGUUGCGGAGGAGAGGAAGAGGUGGAGAAAGGAUCAGUAAGGCGGUUCGUGAGUUUUAUUGGGGAGAGGAUUUGGGGCGUUUGGAGUCCAUGAAAGAAAGAAGAGAUGAAUUAGAUA